UACAGGCUUGGUGAGCAGAAAAAAAAAUGUAAUAAAAAAAUUUAUUGACUGGUAGUAUAUAUUUCAUUUGUUGUUAUUAACAUGAAGUGCAGUAAACAUGACAUUAAGGUUUCCCAAACUAGUGUUUGUGAAGGAACUGAAGGCAGUUUAUGAGUGUAAUGAAAAUUAAUAAUUGAUUAAAUCAUUAAAUCAGAUUAAAAUAAGUCUUUUUAAAAUCAAAAAUUACUAAAAAUAUAUAUAUAGUUUGUUUACUUGUAUAUCAUGUGAUCAAAACCAAGGUCAGAGAACCAAUAAACAUGCAAAUGUGAUAAUUUGUGAAAUUGUGAAUUUGUGCAUUUUAAUGUUUUUGAAAGAAAAAAGCCUUCCGAAGACAGAGAGCAAUAAUUAAAAUAAAAAUCAAUGUGUUCAUCACUAGUUGAUGCAAUGUUGAAACAUUUCUUAAACCUGAAAUGACUAAUGACUAAAUAUAAAAUCACUUUAGAAAAUAAUAUCAGUAAAAUAUUUUAAAUACACCUUAUUCUUUAACACAGAAGUAAGCCUAUGGGUGAGACUUCCAGUUCAUUAGCCGCUAUAGGAAAAUAAGGAGAAGAAUAACAAUGUGCAGUAAACUGUUUGCACUACAAACCAGUGUGUUCACAAUUAAGAUAAUACAUUAAAAUAAUAUGGUAAGACACAUCAAUUUGCAAUAUCAAGCAGCAAAACAAGCUGUUUUGUACAGCUAAAAACAGCUGGACGCGGGUGAGACCGGAAGCCACACCCAUAAAAUUUACAAAUGACCUCGCCCAUUCUUUUCACGGAUCUGGCGAACUGAAAUCGCGUUCGACUGAGGUAGUAACCAUAGCAACAGUAGGCACUUGACCAUGAUCAUUAUGGGAUAGCUACAUGGACAAAACAAAAAUACAUCAUGUAUCAUUUUUAAAAGACCUAAGCAUCACAAAAAUAGUGUCUGGUCUACAACUUCAUUAAAAUCGCUGUGCUAGAGGCGCUAAAAAUCAUCUUGCGUGGCGUAAAAUCAACCCCAACAGACUGCGUCUCAAAAAUUACAAAAUGUAUUUUAAAAAUGUAUUGUAAAAAUAAAACGAAUGCACCUUUAUAUUAUUAUUACUCUUUUGUUAUUAAUUAGUACCAGUAGUAGUAGGCCAAGUACUUGUUGCAGUACUGGUUACUAUGCGUGGUUACUAAGGGUUACCGUGAGGUUACCCGUGGCCGGUGUGCCUUGCGCGCUCCCGGUAAUCGGAUCAGACACGCGGUUGCGCUGUUUACGGUUGUGCACUAAACUUCACACGCACGGCCUUUAUACUUUAUCUCACGUGAGUUAUCGAUUCUUUUAAAUGAGAAUAUCUGUUUUAUAUCACUGGUUGAAACCGGUGCAUUAAGUUUCAUGAACGGAAUAAGGAAGUUUGCACAUCGGUUGAGAGACAGGUGAGAGCUCGAACGCCUCAAUGUUAAAUAUGCCGGACACGAGACUUAUAAAGCCGAAACCUGUUGCAACGAAACCUAAGCAUGUGAACAAGAAAGCAAGUACAACUGAAACCACACCUGCGAUCAGAAGCAGAGAUGUCGGUCACCGCAAAACUAGGGCAUCAAGCUGCCCAAGAUGCACCCAUGACACUGAAUACAAACCCAAAGCAACAGAGAGAAGCAAGAAAGCAAUACAGCCGAAACCGGCCGAGACUUCAACGAGAACAAAACCUGAAAAAUAUGCACCGAGGGAACUACCAAUAGCGAAAACAUAUUCUGAAAUCCACAGUCAAAAGGCAUUUACAGUAUUUGCACCAAACCCAAAGAAAAGACAAGAUAUUCAGCAAAAAGCAGAAGCAGAACUGGCAGCUCUGGAGGAUCUGCGCUUGAGUCGGGCAAUGGGUUACAUUUCCAUAUCUCCUAGUACUGUGGGUGGCUGCUUAACUCUGGAGGAGGUCAGGGCAAAACAACAACAAGAAAUGCAAGUCAAGAAAAGACAAAAGCAGGUUAAAAACGUAUUUUAGAAACUUCUUGAAUGAUGGUUAGAAUACUGCUGACAACAGACGAACAUUAUAUUUUUAUCUAGUUUGCUUUUUUGUUUUAAAAGUGCAGCUAAUUUCCAUUGACUUCUGAUGUGACCUUAUGUUCUAAAUCUAUAUUCUUUAAAUAUCUGUCAUUUGUAUGACUUUUAGGUUUGUUCUGAAAUUUAGGUUGUGUGAUUUAAAUGCAGGUACUCCCCAAAAUUAAAUAAUAAUUUACAGAACAUAACAACAGUGUGUUUGUUAUAUUCAGUGUACAUAAAUGUUUAAAAAUGUUAGUUUUUUUUCCCUUUAAAAAUGUCAAGGGACAAAAAACACAUUGUGUUAUUACAAUUGCGAAGCAUGGUGUAGUAAUUCAGCUUAAUUUGGUCUAUUAUUUCAUGCAAACGGCCCUCCUGGUGAUCUGUUUUUCCUCUGUUUCUUAGCAACAAGGAUUUUUCUCUCUUUGUUUUGUCCUCUGUGUAUAUUCUGGGAGCUGUCUGCUUUGAAGGAUCCAAAAAUACGAACCAGGGUCCUGUUGCCUGGCAAAAGGAGAUUGACAACAUAAUGAAAGGUAGACGAUAGGUGAGGGCAAAUAAAUUAUGAAAAUAAGUCAUUAAAUCUUAUUAAGCUCCACUCUUCCCUGGUAAAUUAAAGGAACAGGUCACACAGAAAUGAAAAUGCAUUCACCCUCAGGCUAUCCAAAAUGUAGAUGAGUUUGUUUCACCAUUAGAACAGGUUUGGGGAAAUUCAGCAUUACUUACUCACCAACAGAUCCUCUGCAGUGAAUGGGUGCCGUCAGAAUGAGAGUCCAAACAGCUGAUAAAAAACAUCACAAUAAUCCACAAGUCCAUCAGUUAACAUCCUGUGAAGCACAAAGCUGUAUGUUGGUACCAAACAAAUGAAUAUUAAUGGUGUUUUAACUUUAAAUUAUUGCUUUCAUAAUCUAAAUAAAGCUUACUUUAAAGAAAGAGGAUCCACUGGUGAGCAAGUGAUGUAAUGUUAAAUUUCUAAAAUCUUUUCCAUUGAAGAAACAAACUCAUCUAUACCCCGAAUGGCUUGAGGGUGAGUAUGUUUUUGCCAAAUUUUCCCUUCAUCUAUGAGUUUAAUCUAUACUCUAAGGAUACAAUAUGUCAGCACUGUUCAGCUAUGUUGUUUUUAGGUCACACUUAAUAACUUGUGUUUGCACUGCACAAAAUUCAUAAACCUUGACUGUGUUGCUUUAAGGUUCUCAAAGAUAUUAAAAAAAUAUUUCU